AUGGCAGGAAUAUUCCUUAAAAUUCCACAAACGGCACAGGAAUGGAGAGUGGUUGCAAUGGACUUUCGGCAGAAGUGGGACUUCCCGCAUUGUGUUAGAGCUAUUGACGGCAAACACAUAGUAAUGAAGUCUCCUAUCAAUAGUGGUUCUCUAUACUACAACUACAAGGGAACGUUAUCCAUCGUUCUCAUGGCCCUUGUUGAUGCUAGCAACAUAUUUUUGUGUGCGGAUAUUAGGGCAUAUGGCAGGCAGUCUGAUGCUGGUGUGUUUGCAAAUACAGAGUUGGGAGAGAGUCUUAACCCAUCCAACCGUCUAAAUCUACCACCUGCAGAAAUCAUUGAAGGAGCAGAACAUCUUGGGGCUAUGCCAUACGUUGUAGUAGGGGAUGAGCCAUUCCCCCAACAGCAACAUGUUAUGCGGCCUUACCCAGGCAAGCAGUACACUAUGGAUCACCACGCAUAUAACUACAGGCACUCUAGGGCAAGGCGCAUAGUUGAGUGUGCCUUUGGCAUUCUGGCUACUAGGUGGCGUGUAUUUUACACCAAGAUGGCUAUCUAUCCUGAGAAUGUUGAAUCGGUUGUACAAGGGACAGUUAUACUGCACAAUAUGUUACGAACUGAAACAACACCAGGAACAAGCGUAGAGGAUCUCUUACAGGAACAGAGAUCAGAUGAAAUCCAGGGAUUUGUGGAACUAACAAAUCUUGGUACCAAAAGUUCAGCUAAAGCUCUAGACAUCAGAAACAGAUUUAAGAGAUUUUUCAUUGAGAAUCCUUUGUCCUGGCAGAAUGCCCACAUACAGAGAGGUCUACAUUAA